AUGGCGGCGUUGAGUCGCUUUGCCUUCUUGGCUGCGGUUUUUCAUCUUGUAUACAUAUAUUCCAUCUUUGAUAUUUACUUCGUGAGCCCAAUAGUGUCAGGAAUGCAACUGUUCGCUGUGCAACGGCCACCUUCGAGGAAACCGCCUGCUGACAGACUAGUUCUUUUCGUCGGUGAUGGAUUGAGAGCGGACAAAGCUUUCCAGUCAUUUCCUGAACCAUAUCCACGAACCGAGGACGAUCUCCGUCCCAGACCGCUUGCGCCUUUCCUUCGAUCCCGAGUUCUCCAGAAAGGCACUUUUGGCGUUUCUCACACUCGUGUGCCAACGGAAUCUCGUCCGGGCCAUGUCGCACUGAUUGCUGGAUUGUACGAAGAUGUUUCGGCAGUGGCGACUGGAUGGAAACUCAAUCCGGUCAAUUUUGACAGUGUUUUUAACCGUAGCCGCCACACCUGGAGCUGGGGAAGCCCUGAUAUUCUCCCGAUGUUUCAGCACGGAGCGAUCCCUGGUCGCGUUGAUGCAUUUAUGUACGAACCCGGAUUUGAGGAUUUCAGCCAAGAUGCCCUCCGACUGGAUUACUGGGUCUUCGAUCACGUCAAAGGAUUCUUCAAAGAAGCUCUUACAAAUCAGACACUCAACGAGGCUCUUCGGCAAGACAAAGUCGUAUUCUUCCUUCACUUGCUCGGACUGGACACGAACGGACAUUCAUACCGGCCGUAUUCAAAGGAGUAUCUCAAUAACAUCAAGGUAGUUGACCAAGGGGUGAAGGAGAUAUCUGAACUUAUCCAGAAUUUUUAUGGGGAUGACAGGACAGCUUUUGUCUUCACAGCAGACCAUGGCAUGAGUGAUUGGGGUAGCCAUGGCGAUGGCCACCCAGACAAUACCAGAACGCCCUUCAUCACCUGGGGGUCGGGAGUGGCUCUGCCCGAACUACACAGCGGAUCUAUUGCUCCAGGGCAUGACGCCUACUCGUUGAGCUGGGGACUUGACCAUGUCCGUCGACACGAUAUCAACCAAGCCGACAUCGCUGCACUAAUGGCUUACUUGAUCGGCACCGAGUUCCCCGCAAACUCCGUUGGCGAACUGCCUCUGUCAUACUUGUCUGGCGAUAUUCGUGAAAAAGCAGAAGCUUCUCUUGUCAACGCGAGGGGUAUACUGGAGAUGUAUCGCGUCAAGGAGCUAAAAAAGAAGAGAAAUGAACUGCGAUUCAGGCCAUACCGCCCACUUAGCGACGCCAACUUGAUUCCCGAACAUCGCAUUGCGGCCAUACAGGAUCUUAUAGUAAAUGGAAAAUACGAAGAGGCGAUCGAGGAGUCUGACAACCUCAUCCAAGUGACACUACAAGGCCUUCGAUACUUGCAAACAUAUGAUUGGCUAUUUCUUCGAGCGCUCAUCACUGUAGGUUAUCUUGGCUGGAUAGCGUACGCGCUUACCACUGUCGUCAACAAAUUUAUAGUCCUAGAGAAAGUCACCCCCGAGAGAACAUAUCUAGGCGUCACGGCAUUUUCAGCUCUUCUUGCUGCUCUGUAUGCAUCCUUCUUAAUUUCAAAAUCACCGGUAACGUACUACAUUUAUGCUCUGUUUCCAGUUGUAUUCUGGGAAGAAGUCUAUGCGUACCGAGCAAGUCUUCGACAAGGCAGGUCGCUCCUGCUCUCCAAUGUCGAAUCUACCGGCGGUGUAUUCACGCUACUUUUUCACGGCGCCCUUUAUAUUGCUGUAAUGCAGUGUUUGGCUUUGGCAUACAUUCAUCGUCAAGUGUUAACAGGUGUCUUCUUUCUCGCCGCCACUUGGCCAGCGACGUAUGGUAUAUCAUUUCUAAAACGCCAUACUCUUCUCAGCUUGGUUUGGGUAAUUUCGUGCUUGGUUAUGAGCACUUUCACAUUACUUCCAGCGAUGAAGGUUGAAAAUGUGCCCCUCAUCUUGGCCGGCGGCUUCAUGAUGUUCCUGAUAGGUUUGUUUUAUCUGUUCCUAGAAGACAACAUCCUUUCGAAGUGGGACACCAAGCUACGUUCGCCAGGUAGCGAGGCAAAGAGAACCGUCCGGCGGACGCUACUGGGUGUCCAGCUUGGAUUGAUUCCCUUGUCAAUGUUUGUCACUCGAUCCAGCGCCUUGUCCCUUCAGUCUAAACAAGGACUUCCCCUUGGAAACCAAGUGCUCGGGUGGGCUGUUCUCGUUGUUUCCCUGCUGAUGCCCGUGACCUACCGUCUGCAGCCAAACACGCACUAUAUGCAUAGACUAAUCGUCAUAUUCUUAACAUGUGCACCUACCUUUGUGAUUCUUACAAUAUCAUAUGAAGGCUUAUUCUACGUCUUCUUUUCUGUCACGCUGCUGAUCUGGGUCCGCCUCGAGUACGUGGUAGAAAUUUUUGGUCGAAGAAGCGAACAAAAAUCCGAGGCGAACCAGAUGCAAAAGCAAGCUCAACAUGGUUUGGCGCAGUACCGAGCCUUAAAACUUUCGGACGCACGAGUGGCACUGUUCUUCCUGGUGCUAUUGCAGUCAGCCUUUUUCAGCACCGGCAACAUCGCCUCCAUCUCUUCGUUCAGCCUCGAGAGCGUGUGCCGUCUAUUACCGAUUUUCGAUCCCUUUUCGCAAGGCGCACUGCUGAUUCUGAAAUUGAUGAUACCCUUCGCUUUAAUUUCCGCCAACCUGGGUGUCUUGAACAAAAGGCUUGGGGUUGCACCGUCCGCACUCUUCAUGGUGGUCAUGGGGAUUAGUGACGUUCUUACUCUCUAUUUUUUUUGGGUCGUCAAGGACGAGGGAUCAUGGUUGGAAAUUGGCUCCACAAUUACUCACUUUGUCAUCGCAAGUCUGCUUUGCGUGUUUGUCGCCGCUCUAGAAGGCGUGAGUGCGAUGUUUAUAUCAGGCAUUGAGCUUGAAAAGCAGCAAAAGAUGCCGCCCAACAUCUCAUCAGAGCAACUGGGGUCGUCGGACACGAACACCAAGACUACCAAUGGACAGCUUCAUUCAUCUCCGAGUAGGAAACUACGUGGAUGA